GUCAAGCAUGUUGCCCUUGUGUAAGAAAUCAAACCAACCCGAAAAUAGAAAGAGACAAUGAAAUGAACUUCCUCGAGUUCUUCUCUACCGGAAGAAUGUCGCUUCGGAACUUUAUUCCCAACCCAACCUUUCAAAUUACAAAGCAAGCAAAAAGGAGAAAGCAUAAAAAAAAAAAAAAAAACUUGCAAGAUCCGCACCCCACCAAAGACGAUGCACAGCCCAACUACCUACCACCAAAUUCAAUUUGAUCACCUCACACUACCUAACUUUUAACACAUCUAAUGCCUCCCCCUGGUUUUCAUUUCUUCGCCCACCUGCUCUGCUUCCUGGUACAUAUCUCUGUCCACAAACCCACAUCACACACGGACGCACGGACAAAGGCUAGUUCAUAGAUCCUCUCUCAUCUCCCAUCUGAUUCUAAUUUCUGGGUAAGAACAGAAAUGGGGAAGGUGUUCACCUUGGCAGAAGUCUCUCAGCACAACUCCCCUCAGGAUUGUUGGCUUAUUAUCAGUGGCAAGGUGUAUGACGUGACAAAGUUCUUGGAAGACCAUCCUGGUGGCGAUGAUGUUUUGUUGUCUGCGACAGGAAAGGAUGCAACUGAUGAUUUUGAGGAUGUGGGCCAUAGUAGUAGUGCUAGAUCCAUGAUGGACGAAUACUAUGUUGGAGAGAUCGAUGCAUCAACCAUUCCGAUGAAGGUGAAAUACACCCCUCCAAAGCAACCCUACUACAACCAGGACAAAACAUCCGAGUUCACCGUCAAACUCCUACAAUUCCUGGUCCCUCUUGCAAUUUUGGGUUUGGCUGUUGGUAUCCGAUUCUACACGAAAUCAACCUAGGGGUUUGGGUUGUGUUUGCCACUGGAUUAUGCUAGCAAUCAGAGAAUGAUUCUUAGUUGUCUCGUCGUGUUGUUGCAUGCUACUGAGAUUGUAACGUUGCCAAAGUUGUGCUUCCCCCUCACACCCUUCUUAGUGAUAACGUUUCCAAAGUUGUGCUUCCCCCUCACACCCUCCUUAGUGAUAAUGUACCACCAGUUGCUUCUAUUGUAUCACUUUUCCUGAAGAAAGACAUUGUUGGAAACCCUGGGAUUGCCUUGUGGUCAUCUUUUGAUUUGUCAUUGGAAUGUUAUUCCUUGUUUCUGCA